AUGAGACAACAACAGAAGCCGCAGAGAUACCAGAGCAAAAACAAACAACAGAGACGGAGAGACAUCGAAACAAAAGGUAAAGAGAACAACAGGAACCGAGGAGAUACCAAGGCAAAGGGCCGCAACAGGAGACGGGGAGACAUCGAAACAAAAGGUAAAGAGAACAACAGGAACCGAGGCGAUACCAAGGCAAAGGGCCGCAACAGGAGACGGGGAGACAUCGAAACAAAAGGUAAAGAGAACAACAGGAACCGAAGAGAUCCCAAGGCAAAGGGUCGCAACAGGAGACGGGGAGACAUCGAAACAAAAGGUAAAGAGAACAACAGGAACCGAGGAGAUACCAAGGCAAAGGGCCGCAACAGGAGACGGGGAGACAUCGAAACAAAAGGUAAAGAGAACAACAGGAACCGAGGAGAUACCAAGGCAAAGGGCCGCAACAGGAGACGGGGAGACAUCGAAACAAAAGGUAAAGAGAACAACAGGAACCGAGGAGAUACCAAGGCAAAGGGCCGCAACAGGAGACGGGGAGACAUCGAAACAAAAGGUAAAGAGAACAACAGGAACCGAGGAGAUACCAAGGCAAAGGGCCGCAACAGGAGACGGGGAGACAUCGAAACAAAAGGUAAAGAGAACAACAGGAACCGAGGAGAUACCAAGGCAAAGGGCCGCAACAGGAGACGGGGAGACAUCGAAACAAAAGGUAAAGAGAACAACAGGAACCGAGGAGAUACCAAGGCAAAGGGCCGCAACAGGAGACGGGGAGACAUCGAAACAAAAGGUAAAGAGAACAACAGGAACCGAGGAGAUACCAAGGCAAAGGGCCGCAACAGGAGACGGGGAGACAUCGAAACAAAAGGUAAAGAGAACAACAGGAACCGAGGAGAUACCAAGGCAAAGGGCCGCAACAGGAGACGGGGAGACAUCGAAACAAAAGGUAAAGAGAACAACAGGAACCGAGGAGAUACCAAGGCAAAGGGCCGCAACAGGAGACGGGGAGACAUCGAAACAAAAGGUAAAGAGAACAACAGGAACCGAGGAGAUACCAAGGCAAAGGGCCGCAACAGGAGACGGGGAGACAUCGAAACAAAAGGUAAAGAGAACAACAGGAACCGAGGAGAUACCAAGGCAAAGGGCCGCAACAGGAGACGGGGAGACAUCGAAACAAAAGGUAAAGAGAACAACAGGAACCGAGGAGAUACCAAGGCAAAGGGCCGCAACAGGAGACGGGGAGACAUCGAAACAAAAGGUAAAGAGAACAACAGGAACCGAGGCGAUACCAAGGCAAAGGGCCGCAACAGGAGACGGGGAGACAUCGAAACAAAAGGUAAAGACAUCAACAGGAACCGAGGAGAAGCAAACAAUUUUGCAGGGACGGCAAAAGAGGAGGAAAGACAUCAUCAUGAGCAAAAUAAAAGGAAAAGCAUAACAACCAUCCACAUAACAAUGGAGGAGUGA